AUGUCGCAGACUACUGAAACGUGUGGAACAGGUGAGGUGUGUACACAGGUAUCUUACGAAACUGGUGGCGAAGAUGCUCAUGAAGAAGAGAUACAGUCUACUACAGCUGAAGGUGAGGUUAGUGAGGUUCGUGAACGGAAACCGACAGACAAGGGUCGAGCAUGGAAACUUGAGCAGUUGUCAGGUAAAUUUAGAUCUGUAGUUACGAAGUGGCGUAAACAAGCCAAUCAUAUUACUAUAUGUUUGUCAGAUUGUGACAAUCAUGAAUUUAUUAGGAAUGAGCGUUCUGUGCUGGAUGUACUCUUCUCAGAUGUUCAAAAUGUAUUUCACUCUAUCUAUCAGUUGGAUAAUAGUUCCCCAGAAGUAAAAAAAUAUGAAUGCAUUGAAAGUGAACAUCAAAGUUUAAUGCUUGGUAUAUCCGAUGCCAUAAGAUCAAUCAAGGCAGAAAGGUCUUCAGCUGUUUCUGGUAAGUCCCAAUCAUCUCGUCGUUCCUCUCAACAUUCCUCUCAACAUUCCUCUCAACAUUCUUCAGUUCUUACAAAGGUGUCCGUUCAAGCUGAGGCUGCUAGUUUGAAAACUAAGUUAAAGUUCAUCGAAGUUGAGGCAAAAACCAGAGCGGAGCUAGAGAAAAUUGAAACAAUGAAACAGUUAGAGAUGGCUAAUGCCAAGCUAGAGGUUCUUAAUUCUGUUGACCCUUUCUCCCCGGGUAUUACCAAGGCAGAUGUUGAGAGUCUGCCAAAGGAUGUGUCAAAGGAUUAUGUUUAUGACUAUGUCAAAUCUCAGAAUAUGUCACAGGACUCUCAAUCAAAUGUUAACAGUCUUACCAUUAAACAAGAACAAAUAGUGAAUAAUGCUGCCAAUGAGGUAAAAAUGACUGUUGACUCUCAGAAGCCUCUAAAAACAACAUCUCAAACUCAUACUGACUCAAAUGGUUUUAGGUUAAAUCCAUCAGCACAAGACUUUGUAGCUAACACUUCAAGUCACAGUGCAGGUGUAACCCAAACACAUGUAUACAUUCCUGAUGGUAACAACUCUACUCAGUCACUUAGUCAAAAUCUUGUAGAACUAACAAAAUCACUUGCUACUCAGGUCAGUUUGAAUAGACUCCCACCACCCGAACCAAAUAUUUUUUAUGGUGAUCCCAUCCAAUUUCCUGCAUGGAAGGCAGCGUUCAAAACAUUGAUAGAGCAAAGAAAUCUUCCAGAUGGGGAAAAGAUUCAUUAUUUAAAAAAGUAUUUAGGUGGCCCAGUGAGACAGGUGGUAGAAAAUUAUUUUCUGUUGUCAACAGACGAUGCCUACGAAGAUGCGAAACGACUACUGGACGAAAGGUAUGGUAACCCAUUUGUGAUAGCAUCAGCGUUUCGGGAUAAACUUGAAUCCUGGCCAAAGGUUGUACCAAAAGAUGCUUCUGGGUUGCUUAAAUUCUCUGAUUUUUUGAAGCAGUGUCUCACAGCAAUGAGUAGUGUUCCAAGCUUAAGUGUUUUGAAUGAUAGCCGGGAAAAUCAAAAAAUGUUGUCCAAGUUGCCUGAAUGGCUAGUUAUAAGGUGGAACAGAACUGCAGCCACAUCGAAGGAAGAACUCAAGGUGUUCCCCUCCUUUAAGCAGUUUGUUGACUUUGUUUCGAAGGAAGCAAAGAUAGCUUCGGACCCAGUUACUUCUGUCUUUUACGUCAAGGGUAAUCUCAGUUCUGCUAGUGACAAGGUUGGAAAAUACACACCUAGACAAGCUAAGGCUUCUGCCAGUCCUGGUUGUUGUUCCUAUCUUUCGAAUACACAGCUGACUACAUAUCAAGGUUCACGUCAGUCUCAGAAUGUUUGUCCUUUAUGUCAAAGGCACCAUGGUCUUGAUGUUUGUUUUUCCUUUCUGAAAAGGUCGGUAGGUGAUCGAAAGGCCUUCGCAUUGGAAAAGAAACUGUGUUUUGGUUGCUUACAGAAAGGCCAUGUAUCUAAAAGUUGCAGACAACGGUUAAAAUGUAAUGUUUGUUCUAAGAAUCACCCUAGCUCUCUACAUGGUGACAAACUUACCCAGAGUGAUUCCAGGAAGACUGGCAGCGAAAAUGGUAAUGGUGAUGUCAACAAGGAGAACGCAGUUACUGGUACACCUGUACAGGCUGGACACUCGGGUGCUGCGUUCUUAAGCAACAUAGGCCAGAUCAGUAAGUGUUCAAUGAUUCUACCUGUGUUUGUAUCGCAUUGCGACAAUCCUGAUAGGGAGGUUCUUGUAUAUGCUUUAUUGGACACUCAGUCAGAUACCACCUUUUUGUUAGAUGGUACACGCAGUGCUUUGGGUCUUUCUGGGGUUGACGUUAAAUUGUCACUAUCGACUCUGCAUGCCGAGAACAAAAUAGUGAACAGUCAAAAGUUGAGGGGUCUACAAGUUAGAGGUUUCUAUGACUAUACCCAUAUAACCUUACCUGAUACCUAUACAAGGGAGAUAAUGCCAGCCAAUCGUGCACACAUUCCAACACCCGAUCAUGCUAAGUUCUGGCCACACUUAAAAUGCAUUUCUGACUGCUUACCACCUCUGCAAGAGGCAGAGAUAGGUUUGUUGAUUGGAUAUAAUUGCCCACAAGCUCUAGUCCCUCGGGAAGUUAUAACUCCUGUUGGUAAUGGUCCUUUCGCUCAAAAGACAGAUUUGGGAUGGACAAUAGUUGGAACAAUUGAUUUAAACUGCGUUGAAGAUGACUCAAUCGGCUCGAGUCACCGUGUUCUCUGUUGCGAAGUUCCUUCGGCUCUAUCAGUAAGUGAUAGUCAGAAAGAAGUUGUCCUGUUCUCACUGCGUACUAAGGUCAAGGAGGUUGUGUCCAGUGACAUUUUGCGAAUACUUGACCGUGAGUUUUGCGAUUCUGGGGAAAUGUGCAACAAACUGUCUCAGGAAGAUCAGCUCUUUGUGUCGAAGCUGUCCAAAGGUAUCUGUUUUCAGGAUGGUCAUUAUGUUAUGCCACUUCCCUUUAAGGGAGCUGAUCCAGUUCUUCCGAAUAACAAGUCCAUGGCUUUGAAAAGGGUGAAAUCUCUGAGACAAAGACUGAAAAGAGACUCGACAUUCUGUCAACACUACUCCCAAUUUAUGAAGGAGCUGAUUAGUAAUGGCCAUGCUGAAAGGGUCCCCGAGUCAGAUCUUAAUUCGAAUAAGACCACUUGGUUUAUUCCACAUCAUGGAGUGUAUCACCCUCAGAAACGUGAUAAAAUUCGGGUGGUUUUUGAUUGCAGCGCAACGUUUGAAGGCGAAAGCUUGAAUGCACAUCUACUUCAAGGCCCUGACUUGACCAAUAAACUUGUGGGAGUCCUUUGCAGAUUCAGAAAGGAGCCGGUGGCUUUGAUGUGUGAUGUUGAAAAAAUGUUUCACCAAUUCAAGGUUUGUAAGGCCCAUAGAGAUUAUCUUAGGUUUCUUUGGUGGGAGGAUGACGACUUUGAAAGGUUCGCUACAGAAUUUAGAAUGACUGUGCAUUUAUUUGGAGCAACUUCCUCCCCAGGUUGUGCUAACUUUGGAAUGAAGAAGAUGGCUUCCGACAAUGAAGAACAGUUUGGGUCUGACAUAGCUGACUUCAUAAGGCAUGAUAUUUAUGUUGAUGAUGGGUUGAGGUCUGUAUCUUCUGUUCCUGAAGCUGUCAAUUUGGUUAAGAAGAGUACUGAGUUAUGCAGUAAGGCUGGUCUUAGGCUCCACAAGUUUAUCUCUAAUUCUAAGGUUGUGAUACAGUCCCUUCCUUCUGAAGCUCGAGCUAAAGAUCUCAAAAAUGUUGACUUGAUUGGUGAUAACUUACCUGUUCAGAGAACCUUGGGAGUCCUUUGGUGCUUAGACUCUGAUACAUUUCAGUAUGAGAUGGUCUCAAACAAUCGCCCUCUCACAAGAAGGGGUAUCUUAUCUACAGUCGGUUCGAUAUACGAUCCUCUUGGUUUUAUAUCUCCAGUGGCUUUAUCCGGAAAGCAAAUUCUGCAGCAGAUGUGUGCAGACCAGGUGGGUUGGGAUGACCCCUUACCAGAAAGUCUAAAUGGCAAGUGGGUGAAGUGGUGCGCUGACCUGAAGAAUCUUCCUCUUUUGAAGUUUCCAAGAUGUGUUAAGUCUGAAGGUUUUGGCAAAAUUAGAAUUACUGAGAUGCAUCAUUUUUCCGAUGCAAGUAGCUAUGGGUAUGGGCAGUGCUCCUAUAUUCGUUUGGUGAAUCAUGUUGGCCAGGUGCAUUGUACGUUAUUAAUGGGCAAAUCUCGUGUUGUACCUUUAAGACCCAUCACAAUACCACGUCUUGAAUUGACAGCAGCUGUGUUGUCAGUUAAAAUUUCCUCGCUUUUGGAUCAAGAACUUGAGUACCCAAACCUUAAACACUUUUUCUGGACCGAUAGUAAGGUUGUACUGGGAUAUAUUUGCAACGAAGCAAGGAGAUUUCAUAUAUUCGUCGCUAACAGAGUUCAGCAAAUCAAAGAGCAUACAAACCCUAAACAAUGGAAUUAUGUUGCCUCUGGUGAAAAUCCUGCGGAUUUGGCUUCUCGAGGUGCAUCUGUAGCAGAGCUAGCUAAGACCCCUAUGUGGCUCAAUGGUCCAGAAUUUCUCUGGAAGCAGGAUGCAAUUUCAGCAAAUACCGGUGUACAGUUUUCAGUAUGUCCUGAUGACCCAGAGUUAAAACAUGUUCAGGCAUUUUUGUCAAAUGCAAAACCACCCUGCUUCAGUUCGUUGUUGGAACGGCUUGAGUACUUCUCUGAUUGGCACAGGUGUAAACGAGCGGUAGCAUUGGUGCUUAGGUACAAGGGAAAAUUGUUGCAAAAAUCAGGGAAGUUGCAAACUACUGGUGUGGAGAAACGUUCAUUACAUUAUAGUCCCGUUACUGUAAAUGAACUACAGAAGGCCGAGACUGAAAUCUUUAAGGCUGUCCAGUUGUAUGAUUUCAAGGGUGAGAUUGAUACACUUAAGACUCAUAAUAUAGUUAGAGUUUCUAAUGACAGGGCAGAACAUUCAUUAAGAACUAAGUUCCUAAAGGGAAGGUCAAACCUGUGUUCCUUAGAUCCGUUCCUUGACAAAAAUGGCUUAAUUCGUGUAGGUGGUCGUGUUCAACAUGCCGAAAUGUCAGAUCUGGUGAAGUUUCCAGUUGUACUUCCUAGAAAGGGUCAUAUAACAGAGCUUGUUAUACGGCAUUAUCAUGACAAGGUUCAACAUCAGGGUUGCGGAAUGACCACAAAUGUUAUUCGGAAUAAUGGACUCUGGAUUAUUGGUUGUAGUUCGGCAGUUUCUCAUGUGAUUUUGAAAUGUGUUGUUUGUCGUAGGUUACGGUGUUCCUUUGAAGGUCAAAAAAUGGCCGACUUGCCAUCUGACCGUCUAGAACCAUCUCCCCCAUUCACGUAUUGCGCAGUAGACUAUUUUGGUCCAUUUUAUGUUAAGGAAGGGCGAAAGGUAAUGAAGCGCUAUGGGGUUCUGUUCACUUGUCUAACUUGCAGGGCAGUUCACGUUGAAACAGCUACGUCCUUAGAAACUGAUUCAUUCAUAAACUGUUUAAGACGGUUCAUUGCAAUUAGGGGUCCGAUUCGUCAGCUUCGUUCUGACAGAGGCACUAAUUUUAUAGGUGCUGAAAACGAAUUAAAGAGCUCACUUGCAGAAUUACCAGUAGAUAACGACCAAAUAAAACAGUUCUUAUUAAGGGAAGGUUGUGACUGGUUCGAAUGGAAAAUGAAUGUCCCUGCUGCUAGCCACAUGGGAGGCGUGUGGGAGCGUCAGAUUCGUUCUAUGAUGACAGCUUAA